AUGGCCUUCAAGGGUACUCGAUGCCUGGGCUUGGCGUUCCUGCUCGCCCUCAGACUGGUCUCCUGCGGCACCGGCCCAGAGGGGCUCAAGUUUCUCGAAGAGAACGGGCAGCGAGGUGAGGUGGUGACGACGGCAUCUGGCUUGCAGUACGAAGUGCUGAAGCCUGGCCCCCCCGAGGGGCCGCACCCGAACGCCAGCUCGAGCUGCGUCGUGCACUACCGCGGGACGCUCCUCAGCGGCGAGGAGUUCGACAGCUCCUACAAGCGUGCCGCUCCCGCCACUUUCAAGCCGACCCAGGUGGUCCGGGGCUGGACCGAGGCCCUCCAGCUGAUGCGCCCUGGCGACAAGUGGAAGCUCUACCUGCCCAGCGAGCUGGCCUACGGCGACCGCGGCGCGGGGGGCAAGAUACCAGGGGGGGCCGUGCUGGUCUUCGAGCUCGAGCUCCUGGAGAUCCGCCCAGAGCCCGACGGCCUGCUGGCGAAGGCCCUCGGGGCCGCCCAGGAGAACCCGUUGGUGGUGAUCCUCGGCGGCCUCGGCGUGUACGCGCUCUUCACCAUGCUUCAGGGAGGCGGCGGCGCGUCGGGGUCGCUCUCGCUCGCGGACGCCUUGGAGGCCGAGGGCAACGCGAGGGUUUUCAUGGACGUCCAGAUCGGCGACGCGGAGCCGGGGCACGUGGAGUUCGUGCUCUUCGCGAAGCACUACCCGAAGACCGCCGAGAAUUUCCGCGCGCUCUGCACAGGGGAGAAGGGCAAGGGACAGAGCGGCAAGGAUCUGACCUUCAAGGGCAGCGUCUUCCACAGGAUCAUCCCAGGCUUCAUGUGCCAGGGCGGAGAUUUCACCCGCGGCAACGGAACUGGCGGAGAGUCGAUUUAUGGCGCUAAGUUUGACGACGAAUGGGCCAGCGGAUACAUCGGUCACAGCGAGGCCGGCUUGCUGUCAAUGGCAAACGCUGGGGUCUACCACGCAUGCGACCCAACGGGCUGGCGAAUUUUGUUGAACAGCGCCUCUCACCUGAACAACAAGCACGUGGUGUUCGGGAAGGUAACCUCUGGCAUGGAGACCAUCAGGCAGAUGGAGAGGGUAGGCUCCGGAAGCGGCAGCACCUCCAAGAAGGUCGUCGUUGUCGACUGCGGCGAGGUCCAGGCGGGUGAGAAGAGCAAGGACAGCUGA